CCUCACACUCUCAUCCCUGACGCCGUAGCAACGCAUUCUGAUUUCUGAGCCAUGGCUGUCUCACUAUGGAGAGCUCGCUUAGCUUCCUCUCUUGUCGCCAAUCUCACCAACUCUCUUCGCCGUUUCUCUUCCGAAACAAAUGCUCAUAAUGCUCGAGAGGCCAUGAUGAAUCAGAUGAUGUAUUCCGAUAUAAAUUCUCGAAUUGGGAGUUGUAUGCCAUUAUCUUCUAUGCGAAUUGGAACUAUCAUUCACAAUAUUGAAUUGAACCCGGGGCAAGGUGGCAAGCUGGUUAGAGCUGCUGGAACUUGUGCAAAAAUCCUGAAAGAACCCACAUCAAAAUACUGUCUUAUCCAGCUCCCCUCGGGUGUUAAAAAAAUGAUUGAUUCUCGUUGCAGGGCCACCGUUGGUACUGUCUCAAAUCCAAGCCACGGAGAUAAGAAGCUUAGGAAGGCUGGACAAAGCCGGUGGCUUGGCCGUAGACCAGUUGUUCGAGGAGUGGCCAUGAAUCCAGUAGACCAUCCUCAUGGUGGAGGAGAGGGUAAGAGCAAGAGUAGUGGUCGGUGGGGAAAAGGAUCUCGAACUCCUUGGGGUAAGCCGACUAAGAGUGGAUUCAAGACCGGGCCCCUGAAACGUAGGAAGUAGAAUCCAAUAUUCACUAUAUAUGCUUUUCAUGCUUCAAAUGUUAACUGCUUGUAAUAAUUGUAGUUAUGGAAAUUGUUGCUUCUGCUUAGGAGAAGUCUCUACUUGUAGUCCUGGAAUGAAUAGGUUAAGCCAAUUUUCGGAUUCUUCGGGUGCCAGUUGUACAGAUGUGAAAGUAAAAUGAUUUUGGAAAAUUUCCAUUUUUCUCAAGGGUUUGCACUUGCAUUCAUGUUAGCGAUGGUCGCGAACACCAGCACUUGAUAGCUUUUGUACUGACUUAUUUGAAAACAUCCAUUAUUCUUGAACUGAAGUUUGUAAUACUUAAUCUUGUGCUUUAAUUAGUUUGA